GAGGGCUGGACCCCUUCAGCUACCAUGGGGUGCCCCCCCUGGCAGCAGCGCCGCCCGCAGGUGGGGGCCUGGUGCUGCUGGACUCCGAGGGCAGCCCGCCUGCCUCCAACUCCGGCUCCCCCGUGGAGAUCCUCGGGGCCUUCCCGCCCCACCUGGGACACCCCCCUCCGCCACAGCACCCCCUGCUGGCCGGGCCGCUGGGCAUCAUCGGCAGCCGCAAGAAGAGCGUCAACAUGACCGAGUGCGUCUCGGUGCCCAGUUCGGAACAUGUGGCAGAAAUCGUGGGCCGCCAAGGCUGCAAGAUCAAAGCCCUGAGAGCAAAAACUAACACUUAUAUAAAGACACCAGUGAGAGGAGAGGAACCCAUUUUUAUCGUGACAGGGCGGAAAGAGGAUGUGGAGAUGGCCAAGCGAGAGAUCCUUUCGGCUGCUGAACACUUCUCCGUAAUCCGGGCCACUCGCAACAAAGUCAAUGGUAUGGCUGGCUCUGUUCUGGGUCCUCCGAACCUCCCUGGGCAGACCACCAUUCAAGUGCGGGUCCCUUAUCGUGUGGUUGGGCUGGUGGUUGGCCCAAAGGGAGCCACCAUCAAACGAAUCCAGCAACAGACGCACACCUACAUUGUGACCCCGAGUCGGGACAAGGAACCAGUCUUUGAGGUGACAGGCAUGCCGGAGAAUGUGGACCGGGCUCGGGAGGAGAUAGAGGCUCACAUCACCAUGAGGACGGGCUCCUUCAUCGACAUCAACGUCAACAAUGACUUUCAUUCCAACGGCACUGAUGUUUGCCUCGACUUGAUGGGUGGCAAUCCAUCCAGCCUGUGGUCAAAAGCGCCUCACCCUGCCCGCCGGACUUUACCCAGCUUGCGCAAUGAUAGCCUUGGUUCCUCGGGUAGUGCUACCUCGGCAACAGAGCCAUACUUCGGGGGCCAUGUGGCCGAAAGCCCCCCCACUGGCUCCUUUGUUUCCAGCAACAACAGCUACUCUUUCAGUGAACCCCCAGCCCCUGGACUGGGCUCUGAUGAUGGUGAUUUUGGGUUUGACUUCUUGGCCUUGGACCUCACCACACCAACCACCAUCUGGUCCCCAUUUGAGACCCCCAACAACCCACUCCAGGUCUUCAGCAGUUCUUCCACCUCCUCUAUGAAUGGCAAUGCCCAGAGACGCAACAGUACGCUCAGUACCACCGCAACGCCUCGGCAUUCACCAACCCUUCCAGAGCCUGGUGUGGCUCUGGAGCAUCCUUUGGCCCGGUGCAUCCAGAGUGAUCCAGUCAGUGCCCUGUCCUGGCUACCGGCCCAAGGCUCCAUAUCAUCUUUCUCCAACAGCACCGGGUACUCAUCCUCUUCACCUUUACCAAGCAGCAUUUCUGCCACUUCAGGCUCCCCAACUGAUUCCAACAGUUCCGAAAGGGCCCGCAAGAAUUCCCGCGAGUGCAUGGUGUGUUUUGAGAGCGAAGUGAUUGCCGCCCUCGUGCCCUGUGGCCAUAACCUCUUCUGCAUGGAGUGUGCCAUGCGCAUCUGUGGCCGAGUUGAGCCAGAGUGCCCGGCCUGCCACGCGCCAGCCACACAAGCUAUCCACAUUUUCUCAUAGCCACUGGGUGGGUGGGAGUCGUCAUGCAUUCACUGCCCCCACAUACACGCUUCCUUUCCCUCCAAAACAAACCACCAACAACAACAAAAAAAGAACACAGCUUUUUUCAAACGACUAAUUGUUUAUAUCAACCUUUUUUUUUUGAAAAUUAGAACAUGUGAAAGAACGUGGAGGGGUGGGAAGGGAAAUGGAAUAUGUCUUUUGGAUCUUGCCUGGUAAAAGGAGAUAUAGAUGUGGAGGUAGUCAAGGGGGAAAUAAGACUGGUGGUGGGAGGGGAGGGGUACAGAACCUUCACCACCUCAGACAGCUUUCAGAUGUGUCCAUUUCAAUUCCCAGAAUUCCCUGUCGUGUAUUGCUGAGAAUUCUGGGAAGUCCACACACCAGAAGGCUGAAUUGUAUUUUGUGCUUGGCAAGAGGACAAAACACAGGUGGACAGAGCCAGCUUUCAGAGGUGGGAAUAAAGAAAAAAAAAAAUCAGUUCAAAUAUUGUUUACAGAAUAGCUUUAACUCUCAACCCCACAAGCACACGCUGGGUUGGGUUAAAUGUUUGCUGUUCCUCAUGCCCUUUUUCCCAAACAGUAUUUCUUUUUGCAAAGAUAAAUCAAGCAAAAGUCCAUGUGCACUUUUAAGGUAUCUUCCUUCCUUCCUCCCUCCCUCCCUCCCUCCCUUCCUUCCUUCCUUCCUAAAAAUUAUUAUUC